CCUGCCCUCCGUAUGUCACUGUAUUGACGUGUUGUUAGCAAAUGGGAGCAGAAGGGCCGAUCCUUCGCUUGGAGAGGUUAUUCUGACUACAGGGUUGAUCCGCCUGGAGAGGUUAUUCUGACUACAGGGUUGAUCCGCCUGGAGAGGUUAUUCUGACUACAGGGUUGAUCCACCUGGAGAGGUUAUUCUGACUACAGGGUUGAUCCGCCUGGAGAGGUUAUUCCGACUACAGGGUUGAUCCUUCGCCUGGAGAGGUUAUUCUGACUACAGGGUUGAUCCGCCUGGAGAGGUUAUUCUGAUUACAGUUGCCACUUCUUGCCAAAAUCUUCAGGGUUUUCGAUCACUGCGACUACAUUCAUACACAUUAUUCUGUUUUCUCCAAUCGAGACACGGAUCCCGAUGUUCAAUCAGGAUUCAGGAAUACUUCCACAUCUAACAUUGAAAGGAGAUACUUUGUGAAGUGUUUGAUAUUUCGGUCUGAUCUGACUACCGAAGCAUGGUUGAUGACACCAGUUUAGCGACUAAAUCUGCUUUGCAAGCAGUUUUCUCCUCGACCUGCAACCUCCCCCUGCUCGUCUCCUCUGCCUCGACACACAGCCACUUCCCCGGUUCACACUCACAGUCCGACCAGCCCAACGGCGGAGGCAUGAAGCUAGAGGCGGUCAUGGAAAACCUCCAAAGACAGCAGGCUGCCCGCCUGGCGCUAGAAGAGAAGCUCCGUCAGGCGGAGAAAGAGAAAGACCUCCGCUCCAUGGUCGACUCCCAGAUCCAUCAACAAGCCCUCGCCUUCCGCCACUACCAGGCAGCGGUCCGUGGCGCUUUCGCUGCGGGAAUAGCGAACUCUUCUCUCGGGUUGGCGAGCUCCGCUGAACGGGAACGGGCUCUCCCUCACAGUAUUGACGCUCGCAGGCACUCGGCCAAAGCCGACUCCGAUAUGGACGAUGAUCCAGAGGGCAUGGACCGAGGUAUAAAUGAUGACAACAGGGAUAUGGAUGGAGAUGGCAUGGACAACGAGGGAAUCGUGGACGAUGAGGAGGACAUAGAGGGGGCUCUCAGCCACUACCAGCCCCGCCACCCCAUGCACCCCGGGGCGGGAGACUCGCCAAAGGACACACUUGUACAUCUCAUGUCCAGAGCCCCUCCGCCGUUCGCUGCGCCCCGGCAGUCAGAGACCCCGAGCGGGAUGGCACCACAGUCUCAGCAACACGAAUGGACUUACGACGAGCAAUUCAAACAGUCAGGACAAAGCAGUGCACCAGAGAGGAAGCUGGGAAAUUCAAGUGUCGGUAUCGGUGGCGGCUCCUCGUCGCUGAUUCAGGAGUUGUACGAGUUGGACGAUGAGGUCAAGAGGAAAGAGUUUCUUGAUGACCUCUUCAGUUUUAUGCAGAAGAGAGGGACUCCAGUGAAUCGUAUUCCUAUCAUGGCCAAGCAGGUGUUGGAUCUGUACACGCUCUACAAGCUGGUCACAGAAAAAGGCGGCUUAGUGGAGGUCAUCAAUAAGAAAAUAUGGCGUGAGAUCACCAAAGGCCUCAACCUCCCUACCUCCAUCACCAGCGCAGCGUUCACCCUGCGAACACAGUAUAUGAAGUACCUCUACCCUUACGAAUGUGAAAAGAGGGGCCUGAGCUCCCCCGGAGAGCUCCAGGCAGCUAUCGACAGCAACCGCCGCGAGGGACGUCGUCAGAGCUACGGGUCGGCCAUCUUUAACUACUCUCCAGUAGGGACUCCCUCCAACCUCUCCUCCCCCAAGAUGAGCAUGUCUCACCUGGCCAUGUCCACCUACAACGGAGUACACCUGACCCAGGGACACAACAUCAAGAAAGAUGACAGACAAGAGACUCCAUUGAACCUGUCUACCAGCGGCAUUAGCAGCAUCAACGUGUCAAUAGAAAUAGAUGAAGUUGUCUACACAGGUGUUCUGUUUGCCAAGAAGCCCUCCCUUCCCAUGAUGCUGGGUGGUCACCAGAUCCAGAACCACACCUCCUCUCUGGGAAAGACCAGUCUGGGGCUGAACUCCUCCUGCGUACAGAUCCAUCCGUCCUGCUGCUCCUCCUCCUCCUCCACGACCUCCACAUCCUCGGUCCACAGACCCGGAAACUCCUCCCCCUGA